AUGUUAAACCUACCGUGUGUUCAACCCACAGUGUGUUCAACCCACCGUGUGUUAAACCUACCGUGUGUUCAACCCACCGUGUGUUCAACCCACCGUGUGUUCAACCCACUGUGUAUUAAACCCACCGUGUGUUCAACCCACAAUGGUUCAACCCACCGUGUGUUAAACCUACCGUGUGUUCAACCCACCGUGUGUUCAACCCACCGUGUGUUCAACCCGCUUUCCGUCACCCCGCCCCACUCUCCCCCUUUCCAUCACCCCGCCCCAUUCUCCCGCUUUCCAUCACCCCGCCCCAUUCUCCCGCUUUCCAUCACCCCGCCCCAUUCUCCCGCUUUCCAUCACCCCGCCCCAUUCUCCCGCUUUCCAUCACCCCGCCCCAUUCUCCCGCUUUCCAUCACAACGCCCCAUACUCCCACUUUCCAUCACCCCACCCCAUUCUCCCUCCUUCCAUCACCCCGCCCCAUUCUCCCGCAUUCCAUCACCCCGACUCAUUUUCCCGCUUUCCAUCACUCCGCCCCAUUCUCCCGCUUUCCAUCACCCCGCCCCAUUCUCCCUCCUUCCAUCACCCCGCCCCAUUCUCCCGCUUUCCAUCACCCCGCCCCAUUCUCCCGCUUUGCAUCACCCCGCAGCAUUCUCCCGCUUUCCGUCACCCCGCCCCAUUCUCCCGCUUUCCAUCACCCACCCCAUUCUCCCGCUUUUCAUCACCCCGCCCCAUUCUCCCGCAUUCCAUCACCCCGACCCAUUUUCCCGCUUUCCAUCACCCUGCCCCAUUCUUCCGCUUUCCAUCACCCCGCACCAUACUCCCGCUUUCCAUCACCUCGCCCCAUUCUCCCUCCUUCCAUCACCCCGCCCCAUUCUCCCUCCUUCCAUCACCCCUCCCCAUUCUCCCGCUUUCCAUCACAACGCAACAUUCUCCCCCUUUCCAUCACCCCGCCCCAUUCUCCCGCUUUCCAUCACCCCGCCCCAUUCUCCCGCUUUCCAUCACCCCGCCCCAUUCUCCCGCUUUCCAUCACCCCGCCCCAUUCUCCCGCUUUCCAUCACCCCGGCCCAUUCUCCCGCUUUCCAUCACAACGCCCCAUACUCCCACUUUCCAUCACCCCCCCCAUUCUCCCUCCUUCCAUCACCCCGCCCCAUUCUCCCGCUUUCCAUCACCCCGCCCCAUUCUCCCGCUUUCCAUCACCCCGCAGCAUUCUCCCGCUUUCCGUCACCCCGCCUCAUUCUCCCGCUUUCCAUCACCCCGCCCCAUUCUCCUGCUUUCCAUCACCCCGCCCCAUUCUCCCGCUUUCCAUCACCCACCCCAUUCUCCCGCUUUCCAUCACCCCGCCCCAUUCUCCCGCAUUCCAUCACCCCGACUCAUUUUCCCGCUUUCCAUCACUCCGCCCCAUUCUCCCGCUUUCCAUCACCCCGCCCCAUUCUUCCGCUUUCCAUCACCCCGCCCCAUACUCCGGCUUUCCAUCACCUCGCCCCAUUCUCCCUCCUUCCAUCACCCCGCCCCAUUCUCCCUCCUUCCAUCACCCCUCCCCAUUCUCCCGCUUUCCAUCACAACGCCACAUUCUCCCGCUUUCCAUCACCCCGCCCCAUUCUCCCGCUUUCCAUCACCCCGCCCCAUUCUCCCGCUUUCCAUCACCCCGCCCCAUUCUCCCGCUUUCCAUCACCCCGCCCCAUUCUCCCGCUUUCCAUCACCCCGGCCCAUUCUCCCGCUUUCCAUCACCCUGCCCCAUUCUCCCACUCUCCAUCACCUCGCCCCAUUCUCUCGCUUUCCAUCACCCCGCCUCAUACUCCCGCUUUCUAUCACCUCGCCCCAUUCUCCCUCCUUCCAUCACCUUGCCCCAUUCUCCCUCCUUCCAUCACCCCGCCCCAUUCUCCCUCCUUCCAUCACCCCUCCCCAUUCUCCCGCUUUCCAUCACAACGCCAAAUUCUCCCCCUUUCCAUCACCCCGCCCCAUUCUCCCGCUUUCCAUCACCCCGCCCCAUUCUCCCGCUUUCCAUCACCCCGCCCCAUUCUCCCGCUUUCCAUCACCCCGCCCCAUUCUCCCGCUUUCCAUCACAACGCCCCAUACUCCCGCUUUCCAUCACCCCGCCCCAUUCUCCCUCCUUCCAUCACCCCGCCCCAUUCUCCCGCUUUCCAUCACCCCGCCCCAUUCUCCCGCUUUCCAUCACCCCGCAGCAUUCUCCCGCUUUCCGUCACCCUGCCCCAUUCUCCCGCUUUCCGUCACCCCGCCCCACUCUCCCGCUUUCCAUCACCACGCCCCAUUCUCCCGCUUUCCAUCACCCCGCCCCAUUCUCCCGCUUUCCAUCACCCCGCCCCAUUCUCCCGCUUUCCAUCACCCACCCCAUUCUCCCGCUUUCCAUCACCCCGCCCCAUUCUCCCGCAUUCCAUUACCCUGACUCAUUUUCCCACUUUCCAUCACUCCGCCCCAUUCUCCCGCUUUCCAUCACCCCGCCCCAUUCUUCCGCUUUCCAUCACCCCGCCCCAUACUCCCGGUUUCCAUCACCUCGCCCCAUUCUCCCUCCUUCCAUCACCCCGCCCCAUUCUCCCUCCUUCCAUCACCCCUCCACAUUCUCCCGCUUUCCAUCACAACGCCACAUUCUCCCCCUUUCCAUCACCCCACCCCAUUCUCCCGCUUUCCAUCACCCCGCCCCAUUCUCCCGCUUUCCAUCACCCCGCCCCAUUCUCCCGCUUUCCAUCACCCCGGCCCAUUCUCCCGCUUUCCAUCACCUCGCCCCAUUCUCCCACUCUCCAUCACCCUGCCCCAUUCUCCCGCUUUCCAUCACCCCGCCCCAUUCUCCCGCUUUCCAUCACCUCGCCCCAUUCUCCCUCCUUCCAUCACCUCGCCCCAUUCUCCCUCCUUCCAUCACCCGCCCCAUUUCUCCGCUUUCCAUCACCCCGCCCCAUUCUCCCCCUUUCCAUCACCCCGCCCCAUUCUCCUGCUCUCCAUCACCCCGCCCUAUUCUCCCGCUUUCCAUCAUCCCGCCCCAUUUUGCCGCUUUCCAUCACUCCGCCCCAUUCUCCCCCUUUCCAUCACCCCGUCCCAUUCUCCUGCUUUCCAUCACCCCGCCCCAUUCUCCCGCUUUCCAUCACCCCGCCCCAUUCUCCCGCUUUCCAUUACCCCACCCAAAUCUCCCGCUUUCCAUCACCCUGGCCCAUUCUCCCGCUUUCCAUCACCCCGCCCCAUUCUCCCGCUUUCCAUCACCCCGCCCCAUUCUCCCGCUUUCCAUAACCCCGCCCCAUUCUCCCGUUUUCCAUCGCCCCGCCCCAUUCUCCCGGUUUCUAUCAACCCGCCCCAUACUCCCGCUUUCCAUCACCUCGCCCCAUUCUCCCUCCUUCCAUCACCUCGCCCCAUUCUCCCUCCUUCCAUCACCCGCCCCAUUUUCCCGCUUUCCAUCACCCCGCACCAUUCUCCCCCUUUCCAUCACCCCGCCCCGUUCUCCCACUUUCCAUCACUCCUCCCCAUUCUCCCGCUUUCCUUUACCCUGCCCCAUUCUCCCGCUUUCCAUCACCCCGCCCCAUUCUCCCACUUUUCAUCACCCCACACCAUUCUCCCGCUUUGCGUCACCCCGCCCCAUUCUCCCGCUUUCCAUCACCCCGCCCCAUUCUCCCGCUUUCCAUCACCCACCCCAUUCUCCCGCUUUCCAUCACCCCGCCCCAUUCUCCCGCAUUCCAUCAUCCCGACUCAUUUUCCCGCUUUCCAUCACUCUGCCCCAUUCUCCCGCUUUCCAUCACCCCGCCCCAUUCUCCCGGUUUCCAUCACCCCGCCCCAUACUCCCGCUUUCCAUCACCUCGCCCCAUUCUCCCUCCUUCCAUCACCUCGCCACAUUCUCCCUCCUUCCAUCACCCGCCCCAUUUUCCCGCUUUCCAUCACCCCGCCCCAUUCUCCCCCUUUCCAUCACCCCGCCCCAUUCUUCCGCUUUCCAUCACCCCGCCCCAUUCUCCCGCUUUCCAUCACCCCGCCCCAUUCUCCCGCUUUCCAUCACCCCACCCCUUUCUCCCGCUUUCCAUCACCCCGCCCCAUUCUCCCGCUUUCCAUCACCCCGCCCCAUUCUCCCGCUUUCCAUCACCCCACCCCAUUCUCCCGCUUUCCAUCACCCCGCCCCAUUCUCCCGCUUUCCAUCACCCCGUCCCAUUCUCCCGCUUUCCAUCACCCACCCCAUUCUCCCGCUUUCCAUCACCCCACCCCAUUCUCCCACAUUCCAUCACCCCGACUCAUUUUCCCGCUUUCCAUUACUCCGCCCCAUUCUCCCGCUUUCCAUCACCGCGCCCCAUUCUCCCGGUUUCCAUCACCCCGCCCCAUACUCCUGCUUUCCAUCACCUCGCCCCAUUCUCCCUCCUUCCAUCACCUCGCCCCAUUCUCCCUCCUUCCAUCACCCGCCCCAUUUUUCCGCUUUCCAUCACCCCGUCCCAUUCUCCCCCUUUCCAUCACCCCGACUGAUUUUCCCGCUUUCCAUCACUCCGCCCCAUUCUCCCGCUUUCCAUCACCCCGCCCGAUUCUCCCGCUUUCCAUCACCCCACCCCAUUCUCCCGCAUUCCAUCACCCUGACUCAUUUUCCCGCUUUCCAUCACUCCGCCCCAUUCUCCCGCUUUCCAUCACCGCGCCCCAUUCUCCCGGUUUCCAUCACCCCGCCCCAUACUCCUGCUUUCCAUCACCUCGCCCCAUUCUCCCUCCUUCCAUCACCUCGCCCCAUUCUCCCUCCUUCCAUCACCCGCCCCAUUUUUCCGCUUUCCAUCACCCCCCCCAUUCUCCCUCCUUCCAUCACCACGCCCCAUUCUCCCUCCUUCCAUCACCCCGCCCCAUUCUCCCGCUUUCCAUCACCCUGCCCCAUUCUCCCGCUUUCCAUCACCCCGCCCCAUUCUCCCUCCUUCCAUCACCCCGCCCCAUUUUUCCGCUUUCCAUCACCCCACCCCAUUCUCCCGCUUUCCAUCAGCCUGCCCAAUUCUCCCGCUUUCCAUCAUCCCGCCCCAUUCUCCCGCUUUCCAUCACCCCGGCCCAUUCUCCCACCCUCCAUCACCCCGCUCCAUUCUCCUGCUUUCCAUCACCACGCCCCAUUUUCCCACGUUCCAUCACCCCGCCCCAUUCUCCCGCUUUCCAUCACCCCGCCCCAUUCUGCCGCUUUCCAUCACCCCGCCCCAUUCUCCCGCUUUCCAUCACCUCGCCCCAUUCUCCCUCCUUCCAUCACCUCGCCCCAUUCUCCCUCCUUCCAUCACCCGCCCCAUUUCUCCGCUUUCCAUCACCCCGCCCCAUUCUCCCCCUUUCCAUCACCCCGCCCCAUUCUCCUGCUCUCCAUCACCCCGCCCUAUUCUCCCGCUUUCCAUCAUCCCGCCCCAUUUUGCCGCUUUCCAUCACUCCGCCCCAUUCUCCCCCUUUCCAUCACCCCGUCCCAUUCUCCUGCUUUCCAUCACCCCGCCCCAUUCUCCCGCUUUCCAUCACCCCGCCCCAUUCUCCCGCUUUCCAUUACCCCACCCAAAUCUCCCGCUUUCCAUCACCCUGGCCCAUUCUCCCGCUUUCCAUCACCCCGCCCCAUUCUCCCGCUUUCCAUCACCCCGCCCCAUUCUCCCGCUUUCCAUAACCCCGCCCCAUUCUCCCGUUUUCCAUCGCCCCGCCCCAUUCUCCCGGUUUCUAUCAACCCGCCCCAUACUCCCGCUUUCCAUCACCUCGCCCCAUUCUCCCUCCUUCCAUCACCUCGCCCCAUUCUCCCUCCUUCCAUCACCCGCCCCAUUUUCCCGCUUUCCAUCACCCCGCACCAUUCUCCCCCUUUCCAUCACCCCGCCCCGUUCUCCCACUUUCCAUCACUCCUCCCCAUUCUCCCGCUUUCCUUUACCCUGCCCCAUUCUCCCGCUUUCCAUCACCCCUCCCCAUUCUCCCACUUUUCAUCACCCCACACCAUUCUCCCGCUUUGCGUCACCCCGCCCCAUUCUCCCGCUUUCCAUCACCCCGCCCCAUUCUCCCGCUUUCCAUCACCCACCCCAUUCUCCCGCUUUCCAUCACCCCGCCCCAUUCUCCCGCAUUCCAUCAUCCCGACUCAUUUUCCCGCUUUCCAUCACUCUGCCCCAUUCUCCCGCUUUCCAUCACCCCGCCCCAUUCUCCCGGUUUCCAUCACCCCGCCCCAUACUCCCGCUUUCCAUCACCUCGCCCCAUUCUCCCUCCUUCCAUCACCUCGCCACAUUCUCCCUCCUUCCAUCACCCGCCCCAUUUUCCCGCUUUCCAUCACCCCGCCCCAUUCUCCCCCUUUCCAUCACCCCGCCCCAUUCUUCCGCUUUCCAUCACCCCGCCCCAUUCUCCCGCUUUCCAUCACCCCGCCCCAUUCUCCCGCUUUCCAUCACCCCACCCCUUUCUCCCGCUUUCCAUCACCCCGCCCCAUUCUCCCGCUUUCCAUCACCCCGCCCAAUUCUCCCGCUUUCCAUCACCCCACCCCAUUCUCCCGCUUUCCAUCACCCCGCCCCAUUCUCCCGCUUUCCAUCACCCCGUCCCAUUCUCCCGCUUUCCAUCACCCACCCCAUUCUCCCGCUUUCCAUCACCCCACCCCAUUCUCCCACAUUCCAUCACCCCGACUCAUUUUCCCGCUUUCCAUUACUCCGCCCCAUUCUCCCGCUUUCCAUCACCGCGCCCCAUUCUCCCGGUUUCCAUCACCCCGCCCCAUACUCCUGCUUUCCAUCACCUCGCCCCAUUCUCCCUCCUUCCAUCACCUCGCCCCAUUCUCCCUCCUUCCAUCACCCGCCCCAUUUUUCCGCUUUCCAUCACCCCGUCCCAUUCUCCCCCUUUCCAUCACCCCGACUGAUUUUCCCGCUUUCCAUCACUCCGCCCCAUUCUCCCGCUUUCCAUCACCCCGCCCGAUUCUCCCGCUUUCCAUCACCCCACCCCAUUCUCCCGCAUUCCAUCACCCUGACUCAUUUUCCCGCUUUCCAUCACUCCGCCCCAUUCUCCCGCUUUCCAUCACCGCGCCCCAUUCUCCCGGUUUCCAUCACCCCGCCCCAUACUCCUGCUUUCCAUCACCUCGCCCCAUUCUCCCUCCUUCCAUCACCUCGCCCCAUUCUCCCUCCUUCCAUCACCCGCCCCAUUUUUCCGCUUUCCAUCACCCCGUCCCAUUCUCCCCCUUUCCAUCACCCCGACUGAUUUUCCCGCUUUCCAUCACUCCGCCCCAUUCUCCCGCUUUCCAUCACCCCGCCCGAUUCUCCCGCUUUCCAUCACCCCGCCCCAUUCUCCCGCUUUCCAUCACCCCGCCCCAUUCUCCCGCUGUCCAUCACUUCGGCCCAUUCUCCCGCUUUCCAUCACCCCGCCCCAUACUCCCGCUUUCCAUCACCCAGCCCCAUUCUCCCUCCUUCCAUCACCACGCCCCAUUCUCCCUCCUUCCAUCACCCCGCCCCAUUCUCCCGCUUUCCAUCACCCUGCCCCAUUCUCCCGCUUUCCAUCACCCCGCCCCAUUCUCCCUCCUUCCAUCACCCCGCCCCAUUUUUCCGCUUUCCAUCACCCCACCCCAUUCUCCCGCUUUCCAUCAGCCUGCCCAAUUCUCCCGCUUUCCAUCAUCCCGCCCCAUUCUCCCGCUUUCCAUCACCCCGGCCCAUUCUCCCACCCUCCAUCACCCCGCUCCAUUCUCCUGCUUUCCAUCACCACGCCCCAUUUUCCCACGUUCCAUCACCCCGCCCCAUUCUCCCGCUUUCCAUCGCCCCGCCCCAUUCUGCCGCUUUCCAUCACCCCGCCCCAUUCUCCCGCUUUCCAUCACCCCGCCUCAUUCUUCCGCUUUCCAUCACCCCGGCCCAUUCUCCCGCUUUCCAUCACCCCGCCCUAUUCUCCCACUUUCCAUCACCCCGCCCCAUUCUCCCGCUUUCCAUCACCCCGCCCAAUUCUCCCGCUUUCCACCACCCCGCCCCAUUCUCCCGCUUUCCAUCACCCCGCCCCAUUCUCCGUCCUUCCAUCACCCCGCCCCAUUCUCCCGCAUUCCAUCAUCCCGACUCAUUUUCCCGCUUUCCAUCACUCUGCCCCAAUCUCCCGCUUUCCAUCACCCCGCCCCAUUCUCCCGGUUUCCAUCACCCCGCCCCAUACUCCCGCUUUCCAUCACCUCGCCCCAUUCUCCCUCCUUCCAUCACCUCGCCACAUUCUCCCUCCUUCCAUCACCCGCCCCAUUUUCCCGCUUUCCAUCACCCCGCCCCAUUCUCCCCCUUUCCAUCACCCCGCCCCAUUCUUCCGCUUUCCAUCACCCCGCCCUAUUCUCCCGCUUUCCAUCACCCCGCCCCAUUCUCCCGCUUCCAUCACCCCACCCCAUUCUCCCGCUUUCCAUCACCCCGCCCCAUUCUCCCGCUUUCCAUCACCCCGCCCCAUUCUCCCGCUUUCCAUCACCGGCCCCAUUCUCCCACUUUCCAUCACCUCGCCUCAUUCUCCCGCAUUCCAUCACCCCGCACCAUUCUCCCGCUUUCCAUCACCUCGCCCCAUUCUCUCUCCUUCCAUCACCCCGCCCCAUUCUCCCGCUUUCCAUAACAACGCCCCAUACUCCCGCUUUCCAUCACCCCGCCCCAUUCUCCCUCCUUCCAUCACCCCGCCCCAUUCUCCCCCUUUCCAUCACCCCGGCCCAUUCUCCCGCUUUCCAUCACCCCGCCCCAUUCUCCCGCUUUCCAUCACCCCGCCCCAUUCUCCAGCUUUCCAUAACCCCGCCCCAUUCUCCCGCCUUCCAUCGCCCCGCCCCAUUCUCCCGGUUUCUAUCACCCCGCCCCAUACUCCCGCUUUCCAUCACCUCGCCCCAUUCUCCCUCCUUCCAUCACCUCGCCCCAUUCUCCCUCCUUCCAUCACCCGCCCCAUUUUCCCGCUUUCCAUCACCCCGCACCAUUCUCCCCCUUUCCAUCACCCCGCCCCAUUCUCCCACUUUCCAUCACUCCGCCCCAUUCUCCCGCUUUCCUUCACCCUGCCCCAUUCUCCCGCUUUCCAUCACCCCGCCCCAUUCUCCCAUUUCCAUCACCCCACACCAUUCUCCCGCUUUGCCUCACCCCGCCCCAUUCUCCCGCUUUCCAUCACCCCGCCCCAUUCUCCCGCUUUCCAUCACCCACCCCAUUCUCCCGCUUUCCAUCACCCCGCCCCAUUCUUCCACUUUCCAUCAACCCGACCCAUUCUCCUGCUAUCCAUCACCCCGUACCAUUCUACCGCUUUCCAUCACCUCGCCCCAUUCUCCCUCCUUCCAUCACCCCACCCCAUUCUCACGCUUUCCGUCACCCUGCCCCAUUCCCCCGUUUUCCAUCACCCGGCCCCAUUCUCCGACUUUCCAUCACCCCACCCCAUUCUCCCUCCUUCCAUUACCCCGCCCCAUUCUCCCGCUUUCCAUCACCCCCCCCAUUCUCCCUCCUUCCAUCACCACGCCCCAUUCUCCCUCCUUCCAUCACCCCGCCCCACUCUCCCGCUUUCCAUCACCCCGCCCCAUUUUUCCGCUUUCCAUCACCCCGCCCCAUUCUCCCCCUUUCCAUCACCCCGGCUCAUUUUCCCGCUUUCCAUCACUCCGCCCCAUUCUCCCGCUUUCAAUCACCCCGUCCGAUUCUCCCGCUUUCCGUCACCCCGCCCCAUUCUCCCGCUUUCCAUCACCCCGCCCCAUUCUCCCGCUUUCCAUCACCCCGCCCCAUUCUCCCGCUUUCCAUCACCCCGCCCCAUACUCCCGCUUUCCAUCACCCAGCCCCAUUCUCCCUCCUUCCAUCACCACGCCCCAUUCUCCCUCCUUCCAUCACCCUGCCCCAUUCUCCCGCAUUCCAUCACCCCGCCCCAUUCUCCCGCUUUCCAUCACCCCGCCCCAUUCUCCCUCCUUCCAUCACCCCUCCCCAUUUUUUCCGCUUUCCAUCACCCCACCCCAUUCUCCCGCUUUCCAUCAGCCUGCCCAAUUCUCCCGCUUUCCAUCAUCCCGCCCCAUUCUCCCGCUUUCCAUCACCACGCCCCAUUUUCCCAUUUUCCAUCACCCCGCCCCAUUCUCCCGCUUUCCAUCACCCCGCCCCGUUCUGCCGCUUUCCAUCACCCUGCCCCAUUCUCCCGCUUUCCAUCACCCCGCCUCAUUCUUCCGCUUUCCAUCACCCCGCCCCAUUCUCCCGCUUUCCAUCACCCCGCCCCAUUCUCCCACUUUCCAUCACCCCGCCCCAUUCUCCCGCUUUCCAUCACCCCGCCCAAUUCUCCCGCUUUCCAUCACCCCGCCCCAUUCUCCCGCUUUCCAUCACCCCGCCCCAUUCUCCGUCCUUCCAUCACCCUGCCCCAUUCUCCCACCUUCCAUCACCCCACCCCAUUCUCCCGCUUUCCAUCACCCCGCCCCAUUCUCCCGCUUUCCAUCACCCCGCCCCAUUCUCCCGCUUUCCAUCACCGGCCCCAUUCUCCCACUUUCCAUCACCUCGCCUCAUUCUCCCGCUUUCCAUCACCCCGCACCAUUCUCCCGCUUUCCAUCACCUCGCCCCAUUCUCUCUCCUUCCAUAACAACGCCCUAUACUCCCGCUUUCCAUCACCCCGCCCCAUUCUCCCUCCUUCCAUCACCCCGCCCCAUUUUCCCCCUUUCCAUCACCCCGUCCCAUUCUCCUGCUUUCCAUCACCCCGCCCCAUUCUCCCGCUUUCCAUUACCCCGCCCAAAUCUCCCGCUUUCCAUCACCCUGGCCCAUUCUCCCGCUUUCCAUCACCCACCCCAUUCUCCCGCUUUCCAUCACCCUGCCCCAUUCUCCCGCAUUCCAUCACCCCCACUCAUUUUCCCGCUUUCCAUUACUCCGCCCCAUUCUCCCGCUUUCCAUCACCCCACCCCAUUCUCCCGCUUUCCAUCACCUUGCUCCAUACUCCCGCUUUCCAUCACCCCGCCCCAUUCUCCCUCUUUACAUCACCCCUCCCCAUUCUCCCUCCUUCCAUCACCCCGCCCCAUUCUCCUGCUUUCCAUCACCCCGCCCCAUUGUCCCACUUUCCAUCACCCCGCCCCAUUCUCCCGCUUUCCAUCACCCCGCCCCAUUCUCCCGCUUUCCAUCACCCCGCCCCAUUCUCCCUCUUUCCAUCACCCCGCACCAUUCUCCCGCUUUCCAUCACCUCGCCCCCUUCUCCCUCCUUCCAUCACCACGCUCCAUUCUCCCGCUUUCCAUCACAAUGCCCCAUUCUCCUGCUUUCCAUCACCCCGCCCCAUUCUCCUGCUUUCCAUCACCCCGCCCCAUUCUCCCGCUUUCCAUCACACCGCCCCAUUUUCCCGCUUUCCAUCACCCCGCCCCAUUCUCCUCCUUUCCAUCACCCGCCCCAUUCUCCUGCUUUCCAUCACCCGCCCCAUUCUCCGGCUUUCCAUAACCCCGCCGAAAUCUCCUGCUUUCCAUCACCCCUGCCCCAUUCCCCCGCUUUCCAUCACCCCACCCCAUUCUCCCGCUUUCCAUCACCCCGCGCAAUUCUCCCGCUUUUCAUCAUCCCGCCCCAUUCUCCCGCUUUCCAUCACCCCGCCCCAUUCUCCCACCUUCCAUCACCCCGCUCCAUUCUCCUGCUUUCCAUCACCCCGCCCCAUUCUCCCACUUUCCAUCACCCCGCCCCAUUCUCCCGCUUUCCAUCACCCCGCCUCAUUCUUCCGCUUUCCAUCAUCCCGGCCCAUUCUCCCGCUUUCCAUCACCCCGACUCAUUUUCCCCCUUUCCAUCACUCCGCCCCAUUCUCCUACUUUCCAUCACCCCGCCCCAUUUUCCCACUUUCCAUCACCCCGCCCCAUGCUCCCGCUUUCCAUCACCUCGCCCCAUUCUCCCUCCUUCCAUCACCCCGCCCCCUUCUCCCUCCUUCCAUCACCCCGCUCCAUUCUCCCGCUUUCCAUCACAAUGCCCCAUUCUCCCGCUUUCCAUCACCCCGCCCCAUUCUCCCCCUUUCCAUCACCCGCCCCAUUCUCCUGCUUUCCAUCACCCCGCCCCAUUCUCCUGCUUUCCAUCACCCCGCCCCAUUCUCCCGCUUUCCAUCACCCCGCCCCAUUUUCCCGCUUUCCAUCACCCCGCCCCAUUCUCCCCCUUUCCAUCACCCGCCCCAUUCUCCUGCUUUCCAUCACCCCGCCCCAUUGUCCCCCAUUCCAUCACCCCUCCCCAUUCUCCGGCAUUCCAUCACCCCGCCCAAAUCAACCGCUUUCCAUCACCCCGCCCCAUUCUGCCGCUUUCCAUCACCCCGCCCCAUUCUCCCACUUUCCAUCACCCCGCCCCAUUCUCCCGCUUUCCAUAACCCCGCCCUAAUCUCCCGCUUUCCAUCACCCCGCCCCAUUCUCCCGCUUUCCAUCACCCCGCCCCAUUCUCCCUCCUUCCAUCACCCCGCCCCAUUCUCCCACCUUCCAUCACCCCGCCCCAUUCUCCCGCUUUCCAUCACCCCACCCCAUUCUCCCGCUUUCCAUCACCCUGCCCCAUUCUCCCGCUUUCCAUCACCCCGCCCCAUUCUCCCACUUUCCAUCAACCCACCCCAUUCUCCCGCUUUCCAUCACCCCGCCCCAUUCUCCCGCUUUCGAUCACCACGCCUCAUUCUCCCGCUUUCCAUCACCCCGCACCAUUCUCCCCCUUUCCAUCACCUCGCCCCAUUCUCCCUCCUUCCAUCACCCCACCCCAUUCUCCCGCUUUCCGUCACCCCGCCCCGUUCUCCCGCUUUCCAUCAACCUGCCCCAUUCUCUCACUUUCCAUCACCCCACCCCAUUCUCCCUCCUUCCAUUACCCCACCCCAUUCUCCUACUUUCCAUCACCCCGCCCCAUUCUCCCGCUUUCCAUCACCCCACCCCAUUCUCCCGCUUUCCAUCACCCCGCGCAAUUCUCCCGCUUUCCAUCAUCCCGCCCCAUUCUCCCGCUUUCCAUCAUCCCGCCCCAUUCUCCCACCUUUCAUCACCCCGCUCCAUUCUCCUGCUUUCAAUCACCCCGCCCCAUUCUCCCACUUUCCAUCACCCCGCCCCAUUCUCCCGCUUUCCAUCACUCCGCCCCAUUCUGCCGCUUUCCAUCGCCCCACCCCAUUCUCCCGCUUUCCAUCACCCCGCCUCAUUCUUCCGCUUUCCAUCACUCCGCCCCAUUCUCCUGCUUUCCAUCACCCCGCCCCAUUUUCCCACUUUCCAUCACCCCGCCCCAUGCUCCCGCUUUCCAUCACCCCGCCCCAUUCUCCCUCCUUCCAUCACCCCGCCCCCUUCUCCCUCCUUCCAUCACUCCGCUCCAUUCUCUCGCUUUCCAUCACAACGCCCCAUUGUCCCGCUUUCCAUCACCCCGCCCCAUUCUCCCCCUUUCCAUCACCCACCCCAUUCUCCUGCUUUCCAUCAACCCGCCCCAUUCUCCUGCUUUCCAUCGCCCCGCCCCAUUCUCCCGCUUUCCAUCACCCCGCCCCAUUUUCCCGCUUUCCAUCACCCCGCCCCAUUCUCCCCCUUUCCAUCACCCGCCCAAAUCUCCCGCAUUCCAUCACCCCGCCCCAUUCUCCCGCUUUCCAUCACCCCGCCCCAUUCUCCCACUUUCCAUUACCCCGCCCCAUUCUCCCGCUUUCCACAACCCCGCCCCAUUCUCCCGCUUUCCAUCACCGCGCCCCAUUCUCCCGCUUUCCAUCACCCCGCCCCAUUCUCCCUCCUUCCAUCACCCCGCCCCAUUCUCCCACCUUCCAUCACCCCGCCCCAUUCUCCCGCUUUCCAUCACCCCACCCCAUUCUCCCGCUUUCCAUCACCCUGCCCCAUUCUCCCGCUUUCCAUCACCCCGCCCCAUUCUCCCACUUUCCAUCAACCCACCCCAUUUUCCUGCUUUCCAUCACCCCACCCCAUUCUCCCGCUUUCGAUCACCACGCCUCAUUCUCCCGCUUUCCAUCACCCCGCACCAUUCUCCCCCUUUCCAUCACCUCGCCCCAUUCUCCCUCCUUCCAUCACCCCACCCCAUUCUCCCGCUUCCCGUCACCCCGCCCCGUUCUCCCGCUUUCCAUCAACCUGCCCCAUUCUCUCACUUUCCAUCACCCCACCCCAUUCUCCCUCCUUCAAUUACCCCGCCCCAUUCUCCUACUUUCCAUCACCCCGCCCCAUUCUCCCGCUUUCCAUCACCCACCCCAUUCUCCCGCUUUCCAUCACCCCGCCCCAUUCUCCCGCAUUCCAUCACCCGGACUCAUUUUCCCGCUUUCCAUCACUCCGCUCCAUUCUCCCGCUUUCCAUCACCCCGCCCCAUUCUCGCGCUUUCCAUCACCUCGCCCCAUACUCCCGCUUUCCAUCACCCCGCCCCAUUCUCCCUCUUUCCAUCACCCCGCCCCAUUCUCCCUCCUUCCAUCACCCCGUCCCAUUCUCCCGCUUUCCAUCACCCCGCCCCAUUCUCCCGCUUUCCAUCACCCUGCCCCAUUCCCCCGCUUUCAAUCACCCCGCCCCAUUCUCCCGCAUUCCAUCACCCGGACUCAUUUUCCCGCUUUCCAUCACUCCGCUCCAUUCUCCCGCUUUCCAUCACCCCGCCCCAUUCUCGCACUUUCCAUCACCUCGCCCCAUACUCCCGCUUUCCAUCACCCCGCCCCAUUCUCCCUCUUUCCAUCACCCCGCCCCAUUCUCCCGCUUUCCAUCACCCCGCCCCAUUCCCCCGCUUUCCAUCACCCACCCCAUUCUCCCGCUUUCCAUCACCCCGCCCCAUCCUCCCGCUUUCCAUCACCCCGCCCCAUACUCCCGCUUUCCAUCACCCAGCCCCAUUCUCCCUCCUUCCAUCACCACGCCCCAUUCUCCCUCCUUGCAUCACCCCGCCCCAUUUUCCCGCUUUCCAUCACCCCGCCCCAUUCUCCCGCUUUCCAUCACCCCGCCCCAUUCUCCCUCCUUCUAUCACCCCGCCCCAUUUUUCCGCUUUCCAUCACCCCACCGCAUUCUCCCGCUUUCCAUCAGCCCGCCCAAUUCUCCCGCUUUCCAUCAUCCCGCCCCAUUCUCCCGCUUUCCUUUACCCCGCCCCAUAAUCCCACCUUCCAUCACCCCGCUCCAUUCUCCUGCUUCCCAUCACCCCGCCCCAUUCUCCCACUUUCCAUCACCCCGCCCCAUUCUCCCGCUUUCCAUCACCCCGCCCCAUUCUGCCGCUUUCCAUCACCCCGCCCCAUUCUCCCGCUUUCCAUCACCCCGCCUCAUUCUUCUGCUUUCCAUCACCCCGGCCCAUUCUCCCGCAUUCCAUCACCCCGCCCCAUUCUCCCACUUUCCAUCACCCUGCCCCCUUCUCACGCUUUCCAUCACCCCGGCCCAUUCUCCCGCUUUCCAUCACCCCGCCCCAUUCUCCCACUUUCCAUCACCCUGCCCCCUUCUCCCGCUUUCCAUCACCCCGCCCCAUUCUCCCGCUUUCCACCACCCCGCCCCAUUCUCCAUCCUUCCAUCACCCUGCCCCAUUCUCCCACCUUCCAUCACCCCGCCCCAUUCUCCCCCUUUCUAUCACCCCGCCCCAUUCUCCUGCUUUCCAUCACCCCGCCCCAUUCUCCCGCUUUCCAUCACCGGGCCCAUUCUCCCACUUUCCAUCACCUCGCCUCAUUCUCCCACUUUCCAUCACCCCGCACCAUUCUCCCGCUUUCCAUCACCUCGCCCCAUUCUCUCUCCUUCCAUCACCCCGCCCCCUUCUCCCGCUUUCCAUCACAACGCCCCAUACUCCCGCUUUCCAUCAGCCCGCCCCAUUCUCCCUCCUUCCAUCACCCCGCUCCAUUUUCCCGCUUUCCAUCACCCCGCCCCAUUCUCCCGCUUUCCAUCACCCCGCCCCAUUCUCCCGCUUUCCAUCACCCCGCAGCAUUCUCCUGCUUUCCGUCAACCUACCGUGUGUUCAACCCACCGUGUGUUCAACCCACCGUGUGUUCAACCCACCGUGUGUUCAACCUACCGUGUGUUCAACCCACCGUGUGUUCAACCCACCGUGUGUUAAACCCACCGUGUGUUAAACCUACCGUGUGUUCAACCCACCGUGUGUUCAACCCACCGUGUGUUCAACCCACCGUGUGUUCAACCCACGGUGUGUUCAACCCACCGUGUGUUCAACCCACUGUGUGUUAA